GGCUCCGGUCGCGCACUGGCCGAACUGCGGGAAGUGAGCCGCGCGGGCCGCCGUAGUCAGCUGCUGUAAGCAGGAAGUGUACGAGCAGAGGGCGGAAUCUGCAGGAUGGCACCGGACCCCUGGUUCUCCACAUAUGAUUCUACUUGUCAAAUUGCUCAAGAGAUUGCUGAGAAAAUUCAACAACGAAACCAGUAUGAAAGAAAAGGUGAAAAGACACCCAAGCUUACGGUGACAAUCAGAGCUUUGUUGCAGAACCUGAAGGAAAAGAUCGCCCUUUUGAAGGACUUAUUGCUAAGAGCUGUGUCAACACAUCAGAUAACACAACUUGAAGGGGAUCGAAGACAGAACCUAUUGGACGAUCUCGUAACUCGAGAGAGACUACUUCUGGCAUCCUUUAAGAAUGAGGGUGCUGAACCAGAUCUAAUCAGGUCCAGCCUGAUGAAGGAAGAAGCUAAGCGAGGAGCACGCAACCCUUGGCUCUUUGAGGAGCCAGAGGAAACCAGAGGUUUGGGUUUUGAUGAAAUCCGGCAACAGCAACAGAGAAUUAUCCAAGAACAGGACGCAGGCCUUGAUGCCCUUUCCUCUAUCAUAAGUCGCCAAAAACAAAUGGGGCAGGAAAUUGGGAAUGAACUAGAUGAACAAAAUGAGAUAAUUGAUGACCUUGCCAACCUAGUGGAGAACACAGAUGAAAAACUUCGCACAGAAACCAGGCGAGUGAACAUCGUGGACAGGAAGUCAGCCUCUUGUGCCCUGUGGGACCAGCAAACACUGACUGGGUUUGGAAGUACUGUCAGAAGCCCUGGGACAGUGUGUUCAGCAUACUCAGGAUGCUUCCCUGAUAUCGUCUCCCAGCAUUUGGGAGAAAGAGCACCUCAACACAGUGUUUUGCUAACCCAGCGUACCUGUUCAGGAGUUCCUCAUUACAUUUAAGUGGUCCUCAUUUAUAUACUGAUUUUUCUUUUAUAUUUGUCCAUUGAAAUGAAAUGAAGAAUUCAAUUCUAGUAAUAAUUCAAAUUACCCAAGUUGAUGAGUAAGCCUUAGGUGAGGAGGGAAAGGAA